AUGCCUCUCUUUGGAAAGUCUUCCUCCAAAACCGAUAAAUCGGAAAGUUCCUCCACUUCACGAGAAAAGUUAUCAGACUCAAAACCCAUAAAGAAGGAGAAAUCAUCGUCAUCGUCUAAGACAGAUGGGAAAGGGUCUUCCUCAUCUUCAAAAUUGGGAGGGAAAUCUUCAAAAACAUCAUCCACUGGUAAGUCUGAUAAGGGGGUCCCUCCCAAGACAAGCAAGGGGGAUGUCAAAGACGAUUCAACCGCUUUAAAAGGUUCAAGUGAAAGAAAAGAUGGACCUGUUAUGCAACGGCGGGUCAGCGAUGGUGCAUCUCGUCCAAGUGCCGGAAAUUCACAAGCACCGGUAGGGACGUAUUCAAAGGUUGGGACAGAACGCAUCAACGGCAACAACGACAAUGACUUCAACAAAGUUCCUCCAUCCAUGAACAACGCUCAGGGCGGUAUCACGGGUGGAAGUAAUCCUUCCUACCAAGAAGCACCAAAUGCGGGUACAUACCAAUAUGUUCAAGGGAGACGGAGUUCUGCUGGAAUAAAUGGGUACGGCCCAGGUGUACCAGAACGCCGAAUGGGUUCUGCAUACGGUAACCAAAUGGGUAUGGGAAGCAUGUAUGGCCCAGGUGGACCAGGACCCCAAAUGGGUUCUGCAUACGGUAACCAAAUAGGUAUGGGAAGCAUGUAUGGUCCAAGUGGAAUGGGGAGCCAAAUGGGUUCUGCAUACGGUAGCCAAAUGGGUAUGGGAAGCAUGUAUGGUCCAGGUGGAAUGGGGAGCCAAAUGGGCUCUGUAUUCGGUAGCCAAAUGGGUAUGGGAAGCAUGUAUGGCCCAAGUGGAAUGGGGAGCCAAAUGGGUUCUGCAUAUGGUAACCAAAUGGGUAUGGGAAGUAUGUAUGGUCAACGUGGACCAAUGAUCUCUGCAUACGGUAACCAAAUGGGUAUGGGAAGUAUGUAUGGACCAGGUGGACCUAUGACAAGUGUUUAUGGACCCCAGUAUGGAAUGGGAGGUGGUAUGCCUUCUAUGUUUGGUUCUCAAACAGGUAUGAAUUCUGUAUAUAGGCCUCCAAUGUACACAGGAACCAUACAAAGGAUUCAGUCUGGACAUGGUGGUUCUCUGUAUGGUGGCCAGAGGGGCAUCAACAGCAUGUACGGUUUGGGGAGUAUAUACGGGAAUGGAGGACCAGGGAUUAGCCUGUUAGGUGUCGGAAACCUUUCGGCUCCUAUUUCUGGAGAAAACCAAGAAAAGAAAAAUUUGCAACCAAUUCUAACGUCAUCGAACAAUGGUGUUCAGCGGGCACAACCAACUGUUGUGACCAAUGGUGUUCAGGGGGCACAACCCACCGUUGUGACCAAUGGUGUUCAGCGAGAACAACCCACCGUUGUGAGGAGCCAAAGCGGUUCUAACCUUCUGCGGAGCCAAACGACUUCUAAGGAUCAUAUUCCUUCCUUGGUGGCAGUAACCGACAACGCUGACUCCAAGGUCACUCUAAAGGAAGCUGAAAAGAAGGUCACAGUUAAGGACUCCGAUGGCAGGAUGGUUGAUUUUGAGGCGGAUGAAGUGUUACGCGCGAGCAAGGUGACAGCUGAAAAUUCCAUUCUGCUAAAAGAACUUCUCCAACAAGUGGAAGCAAGUCACAAUGUUGCUCUUAUCUUGGCUAGCACCAAGAACGCUCAGGAUACGAGCUUGGGUGUUGCACAGACAUUCAUGAAAGCCAUCAUGGCAAAGCUUGCAAAGGAUGAAGGGGCGAAGGGGCUCAAGUACCAUGCUCAUAUGACUGCUGUCGCGAUGCCAUCACCUGACUCUGCCAAAGACUUGUUCGCCAGUUCAUCUGCACAGGCCAAGCCUGUUCGCUUUGGAUCGAACCCUCUGUAUGGUAAUUGUAUAUCAAAUCUCGAGGAGAAAUCAGUGAAGAGCGAAAAGGACGCUGAGAAACUCCUGCAGGAUGCACUGAAGAAAUCAUCAGACACGAAGGAGACAGUUGUACUACAUAUGGUUCUUAAACAGAUCAAGAAGUCAUCUGGGGGGAAGGGUGAUGUCUACCUCUCGUCUGUCCUGUUGGUUUUUGUCCGGGAGAAUGCUGAUUAUCUUGCUGGUAUUUUUAACAAGGAUGAGAAGGUCGUGCCUGUGCCUCUAUUCAAGGAUGUUGUCGGAGGCAGCUGUCGUUCACUUGUUGUUACUGCCCUCUCUGGGAGUGAUGCUGCAACAGAGGCCAAAAUUCUCAAGAAUGCUGAAAAGCUGCGGAGUUUGAAUUAUACCGCUCCACGCAGUGGCAACGUUGCCCGCUUUAUGGAUUUUACUGCACAGCAGGAAAAGAAGGCUGCUGCUGCCGUGGAUUCAGCAAAGAGUAGUAGCGAAAAAGCGCAAUAUGAACGAAAUUUACAAAAGUUGAGGGUCCUGCAAGCUGAUGGAAAGGAACUUAUGGCCAAACCAGAGACUACAAAACCAAAGGUAUAUGUUCCUCCCCGCUCAAAGGAUUAA